UUCACCCUCUGAAUAUUUCACUCACCACUCAUGCUCAUCAUCUUCCUUACAUAUCUCAAUCCCCAUUUCAUUUCACUCAUCAAUGAAUAACUGAUUAUAUAAUUUCAAUCAUCAUAUUUUAAAAAAAACCACUACUUACAUUUCUAAUAUGGCUUCCCGGAGGCUUCUAUCCUCCCUUAUCCGCCGUGUUAAACCACCAUCAAUCACCAAAUCCCACCACCACAACCCACCAAUCCAAUGUCCACGUUUUCGUCCUUCACCAGCCGGUUUUUUAAUAAACCAUGCAGCCAAGGCACGAUUUGCCACGGCUGCUGUGGCUCAGGCAUCUCCGGCGUCUUCCAAGGAAACCGGGAAGGUUACGGAUGAGUAUUCGGGUAAGGGUUCUGUGGGAGAGGUCUGCCAGGUGAUCGGUGCAGUGGUGGAUGUAAUAUUUGAAGAAGGGUUGCCGCCCAUUAUGACCGCGUUGGAGGUGAUGGAUAACCCGACUCGCCUUGUGCUUGAGGUGGCUCAGCAUUUGGGAGGGAAGGCGGUGCGGACGAUCGCUAUGGAUGGGACUGAAGGGCUUGUUAGAGGCCAAAAAGUUCUCAACACCGGCUCACCGAUCCUUGUUCCUGUUGGCAGACCAACACUUGGUCGUAUUAUAAAUGUAAUUGGAGAGGCUAUUGAUCAUAGGGGUGAAUUAAAAACGGACCACUAUCUUCCGAUUCAUCGUGAAGCUCCAGCUUUUGUUGAACAGGCAACUGAACAGCAGAUCUUAGUCACCGGAAUCAAAGUUGUGGAUCUACUUGCUCCCUAUCAAAGAGGUGGUAAGAUCGGCUUGUUUGGUGGCGCAGGUGUCGGGAAGACAGUGCUUAUUAUGGAACUCAUUAACAACAUUGCAAAGGCCCAUGGUGGUUUCUCUGUGUUUGCUGGGGUUGGUGAGCGGACUCGCGAAGGAAAUGAUUUGUACCGAGAAAUGAUUGAAAGUGGUGUGAUAAAGCUCGGGGACCAGCAAUCUGAGAGCAAGUGUGCACUUGUGUAUGGUCAAAUGAAUGAGCCUCCUGGUGCUCGUGCUCGUGUUGGGCUCACGGGACUCACUGUUGCUGAGCACUUCCGCGAUGCUGAAGGCCAGGAUGUGCUUCUGUUUAUCGACAACAUUUUCCGCUUCACUCAGGCCAACUCUGAGGUGUCUGCUUUGUUGGGGCGCAUUCCGUCUGCUGUGGGUUACCAACCGACAUUAGCAACGGAUCUUGGAGGUCUUCAGGAACGUAUUACCACAACUAAGAAAGGUUCCAUUACAUCUGUGCAAGCCAUCUAUGUGCCCGCAGAUGACUUGACGGAUCCUGCUCCCGCAACUACUUUCGCUCAUUUGGAUGCCACCACCGUGCUUUCUCGACAGAUUUCCGAGCUUGGAAUCUAUCCGGCUGUUGAUCCAUUGGAUUCAACAUCUAGAAUGCUUUCUCCUCGCAUUCUCGGUGAGGAGCAUUAUAAAACUGCUCGCGGCGUGCAAGAAGUUCUCCAGAAGUACAAAAAUCUUCAGGAUAUUAUUGCUAUUUUGGGAAUGGACGAGCUUAGUGAAGACGACAAGAUGACUGUUUCACGUGCUCGUAAGAUCCAACGUUUCUUGAGCCAACCCUUCCAUGUUGCUGAAGUGUUCACAGGCGCUCCUGGGAAGUAUGUAGAUAUAAAAGAAAGCGUCGCGAGCUUCCAGGGUGUUCUUGAUGGAAAGUACGAUGAUCUCCCGGAACAAUCUUUCUAUAUGGUUGGUGGAAUCGAUGAGGUGAUUGCUAAGGCUGAGAAGAUCGCCAAGGAGAACGCUUAGUUAAAUUUUAUGUUAACGUCGUUGUUUUAUCCAUGAUAAACUUAUUUGUAGAGUCGCCGCUCGACUCUUGAGCUUUUUUUGUUUGUGCAUUCUUGGUGGGUAACGACCCAUUUUUUGCCCCUGGAGGUGCAUUUUAAGGCGAUUAACUUCUGUAUUCUGU